UCUCUCUCUCUCUCUCUCUACACACACUUGUGAUCAAGCAAACGGCUUCUGCAUUGAGGCUUUCCUUAUGAAUCUGGUGGGGCCCGCAACAAAGCCUCCGCUCGCCCGUGAUUUCCCUUUCGACUCGAGCCUAAAGAAAAUUCUUAAAAGAUUGUCAUUUCAAUAAGGGCCAACAGAAAAAAAUAAAAGAAAAAAAAAAAAGAAAAAGUAAAAGAAUAAACGAGAAAUGGGAUGUUCCACGUCGAAAUUAGACGACGAGGAAGCUGUUCGGCUCUGCAAGGAUCGGAAAAAGUUCAUCCGCCAAGCUGUCGAGCACCGGACCAAAUUUGCUUCGGGACACAUGGCAUACAUCCAAGCCAUGAGACGGGUCUCGGUUGCCCUCCGUGAGUACUUAGACGGUGAUAAUCCUCGAGACUUCUUUCUUGACCCAUUUACGACCCCACCAAAGAAAACGGGCCCCGGCUUCAUCUCCAUAAAAACGCCCGACUCUUUCUCGGUGACCUCUUGCAAAAUAAACUACUUCCGUUCGGGUGGGAACAACUCGUCUGUCUCGGUCGAGGAGAGGCCGCCUCGAUCUCCCGACACCUAUCGAGUCGAAUCCUAUACACAUUACGGCUCGUCGUUUUUCGAAUAUUUGCCUAAUAAUGGACAUAAUUACUAUCCUACCCCUCCUCCUCUGCAGCAUUCUUCUCCCCGAGCCUCGUCUUCUCAAUGGGAGUUCUUUUGGAACCCUUUCUCGUCUCUCGAUUAUUACGGCUAUCCCACCACGAACGGACUUGAUCAGUCGAUGAUGUUGGAUGACGAGAGUGAUGGGAUAAGGCAAGUACGUGAGGAAGAAGGGAUACCCGAUUUGGAAGAGGAGACAGAGCACGAAGAAGAAAUCGAUGAUUGUGUGAAUCGUAGAGAAAAUUGUACAGAAAAUAAAUUUGAUGUAAACCAUGUUGUUGUCGAGGAUGCUAGUGACAGCAGUGAUGAUGAUGGUGAGACGGAUGGUAAUAAAGAUGAAAUGGAGUGUGGUGAUCAUGUACAGGAGGUUGCACCACAAGAGAACGAAAUAAGAGAAGUGGCAAGAGGUAAGAGUGUGGGCCAGGUGAGCAAAAAGGAGACAGCGGUUGCGAAUUGUGAGUCGAAAGAAGAAAAACCGACACCUGGAUUCACAGUGUAUGUGAAUAAGAGGCCGACAAGCAUGAUGGAGGUUGUGAAGGAUCUCGAGGAUCAGUUCACGGCGGCUUGUGAUGCAGCCAUGGAGAUGUCGCCGAUUUUGGAAGCCAGCAGGGCACAAUACUCAUCGUCAUCGAAUGAUCUGUCACCAAUGAAGAUGUUGAAUCCAGUGGCACUAUUUAGGUCGGGUUCGUCUCGGUCAUCAUCAUCAUCACGAUUUAUGGUCAGUGCUUCAACUUCAAGAGAUGAAAGCUACGAAAGCAGCAGCAGCGACUUCUCUGAGGAGUCCUUGUUUUCACGGAGCCACCACUCGACCCUCGACAGAUUAUAUGCUUGGGAAAAGAAACUCUACCAAGAAGUUAGGGCGGGUGAGCGUGUCCGAAUAGCAUACGAGAAGAAAUGCGCGCAACUGAGGAACCAAGACGUGAAAGGGACCGACCCUUGUUUUGUGGAUAAAACAAGGGCUUCCAUAAGGGAUCUGCACACUCAGAUAAAAGUUUCGAUACACUCUGUCGAAGCUAUCUCGAGGCGGAUCGAGACUUUAAGGGACGAGGAGCUCGAGCCACAGCUACUAGAAUUGGUGCAAGGGCUGGCGCGAAUGUGGAAGGCCAUGGCGGAAUGCCACCAGAUCCAGAAACGGACACUCGACGAGGCCAAGAUCCUUCUCGCCGGGACUAAGCCCGCGGGCCCACGGAAGGAGUACAACAACACGGUGGUGUCACUGUCCGGUCAGCAAAGGCUGGCCCGGUCGGCCGCCAGCCUGGAGGCGGAGCUUCGGAACUGGCGGGCGUGCUUCGAGUCGUGGGUGGUGGCCCAGAGAUCGUACGCGCAGGCCCUGAGGGGUUGGCUCGUG